AUGUCGCUUACCGAAUCCUCUGCCGCUGAUGUCGCGAAAGCAGCAUCUUUGGCCUCUAGUCGCCUUGCCAUACUUUCAAAUGAUAGUCGCAAUGAAGCAUUGACUGCUCUUCAUCACGCCUUGUCAGAAAAUAAGGACGUUAUCCUCAAGGCCAAUGCAAGAGAUGUCGAAAUCGCUACUACUGCUGUCAAGAAGGGUGAUUUGAGUGAGAGUGUUCUCAAAAGGCUUGACUUGUCACGACCGGGAAAAUACAAUGAUAUGCUGCAAGGUAUCCUCAGCGUAAGAGACUUGGAGGAUCCUGUUGGGAAGGUGACCCUGAGGACCCUGUUGGAUGAUGGCCUUACUUUAGAAAAAGUCAGCUGUCCCAUAGGGGUCUUGCUCAUAAUUUUUGAGGCCCGACCAGAAGUUAUCGCUAAUAUAGCUGCAUUGUCAAUCAAAUCGGGGAAUGCUGCCAUCCUGAAAGGCGGGAAAGAGUCGACUGAAUCUUUUAUCGCUAUCUCCAACGUCAUAUCCAAUGCCAUUGCAAGUACACGGGUCCCGGGUUCCUCGAUACAGCUUGUGAAGACACGCGAUGCGGUGUCGUCUCUUCUGGACCAGGACUCCUUGAUUGAUCUGGUCAUCCCGCGAGGUUCAAACGAACUUGUUCGUUUCGUGAAGAAUAACACCAGGAUUCCGGUUUUGGGCCAUGCUGAUGGUCUUUGUUCUGCAUACCUUCACGCUGAUGCUGACUCCGAUAUUGCGGUUAACGUCAUUUUGGACUCGAAAACCGAUUAUCCAGCUGCCUGCAACUCCCUGGAAACUUUGCUCGUCCACCAGGACACGCUUGAAACGGUUUUUCCUCUUGUGGUGCAGGCUCUCAUCGGCAAAGGCGUGACUCUUCGAUGCGAUUCAUCCUCCAAAUCCGCCUUGGAAAAAGUCUUGCCGAUUGAGCAGCUUAAAUUUGUCCAAAGCUCCCGCGAAGCGGAUUACAAUACCGAGUUUCUAGACCUCAUCUUGGCUGUCAAGACGAUUCCUUCUACGCCUUUGCCCACCGCUGCUGUUGAGAGUGCUAUUGCUCAUAUCAAUUCCCACUCCUCCAAACAUACCGAUAUUAUCCUCACGAGCUCAAAAGAUUUGGCUGAUUUAUUUAUGAAUUCGGUGGAUAGCGCCGGGGUAUUCUGGAAUGCCUCCACACGCUUUGCUGAUGGUAUGAGGUACGGCUUCGGCACUGAAGUUGGUAUCAGCACGAACAAAAUCCACAGUAGAGGGCCUGUCGGAUUGGAUGGGUUGACCAUCUAUAAGUAUAAAAUCCGGGGGAAUGGACAUCGGGCGGGUGACUAUCAUGAAGGAGACGGUGGCAAAACAUGGAAACACAUAAAUCUGCCUCUAGAAUGA